AUGGAGGACAGUGAGUCCCUUGUGAGAAGAUGGGAGGACCUGGAUACUGACAUAUUGGUGAAGAUCUUUCAGUCUUUUGACAUCUAUCAGUUAACUUCGGGCAUUGCGCACGUCUGUAGUGCAUGGCGCUUGGCUUGCUGUGAUCCUCUGCUUUGGAAAACGCUUGAUUUGUCAAUGAUGAAAUCUAACUUCAUCAAAAUCCCAUUAGAACCUUAUGUUUACGUGGGUGGACGGUCUGAUAAGAAAUUGACUCGUGUUUUGAAGACUUCCUUGAAUCUCAGCCGGGGAAACUUGAUGACUUUGAUUUUCCAUUUCAACUUGUAUGUGAGUGAUGAUCUGUUGACUUAUACUGCUGAAAG